CUCGUUAAUAGUAGUAGUUAGCUAAUACAUUCAAUGAUGCAAUAGCAGUAUUAUAAUAUUUUCAUUUUAGUAUACCUUUCCUCUUUUAGGGGCCUAAGCAGAUCUACCAUUUCAUACAAUAACCAAAAUAUAUUCCAAUCCAAGAAACAUCCGUCAAAAGCGUCAACGAUACUUUACACCAUCGCUUAACUUUCAAUUUUCACAUUGUUUAAGAAUGGUUAUGGUUAUGGGAGAUUAAACGUCUAAACCCCGCCUACUCACCUAAUAAUUUCUUCUUCUGCACCGCCAUGUUCCCACCUUACUUCUCUUGGAUCUGCAUCCUACCCAUCUUCUACAAUCUGGGCAAAACCAUUUCCGACGAUCUCGGAUCCAUGGAUAAAACCAUCAUCUUACUUGCUGGGCAGAGCAACAUGGCGGGCAGAGGAGGCGUAAUCAACGACAAAUGGGACGGUAUAAUCCCCUAUGAAACGGGUCAGACAACUUCAAUCCUUCGAUUAACCGCUAAACAUAUUUGGGUGGAAGCAACUGAUCCGCUACACCGUGACAUUGAUACUAACCAUACUUGUGGGGUUGGGCCAGGUAUGUCAAUGGCGCACCAAAUUGUGAGGAAAGUGCCUGGGAUUGGUACAGUUGGGUUAGUACCGUGUGCGGUGGGUGGGACGAAUAUUAGUCAGUGGUCUAAAGGGAGUCAUUUGUAUAAUCAAUUGGUGAGAAGGGCUAGAAUUUCAUUGCGUGAAGGUGGGAAUAUUCAGGCUUUGGUUUGGUAUCAAGGAGAAAGUGAUACGAUUUUAAAGCAAGAUGCUGAAGCUUAUAAACGCAGAUUGUUCAAGUUCUUCCUUGAUUUUCGAACUGAUCUUCAGUCUCCUAUGCUUCCGAUUAUUCAGGUAGCCAUAACGUCAGGGGAAGGGCAGUAUAUAGAAGAAGUCAGACAGGCUCAAAUGGGAAUUGAUCUUCUGAAUCUCGAGACAGUGGACGCCAAAGGGUUACCAUUGGAGCCUGAUAACCUGCAUCUUACCACGGCAGCACAAGCCGAACUAGGAGAGAAAUUGGGACAUGCCUUUUUGCAGUUCCUCCCUGGACAAGUACAGAGUAACGCUGGCAGUUUGAUUGUACAAAAUAAUGCAGCCUAUAUUUUACACACAAAUUGGUUUUACACUGCUCUUAUUGCUUUACUUUUCCUUUUUCUUAGAUUCCAUUAAAUUUUCUUACCCAAGAAACAAUAUUGAAUAUCCUUUUUACUAAAUAUACAAGUAAUUGUUUUA